GAGAGAGAGAGGGGGAUGGGAAGAAUGAAUCAGCAACCUGAAACUGUAAUCCACCAUUUCAGCCAUUCACAUCCCUUGCAGCUCUCCAAUCACCAUCCCCAACAAACCCUAACCCUUGCCUCAUGCUCAGGAUGCAAGCUCAAAGCCAGUGGAUUGAUCUACGACUGCAAGCGCUGUAACUACUUCCUCCAUAUCUCAUGUUCUCAAAUGCCUCAACAGAUCACUCACUCAUUUCACAAAGCCCAUGCCCUCUCCCUCCUCCCAAAUCCUGCAUACCCAGAAGGCUUAUUCAACUGUGAUGCAUGUGGAAAGCAGGGCAAUGGCUUCUCCUACCAUUGCGGAGUCUGCAACAUUGAUCUCCAUAUCUUAUGUGCUUCUAAGCCGUUGUUUCUCAAUCACCAAUCCCACCAUCACCGGCUUGCCCUUUCAUUCUCACCUCCUUACCAUAACAAAAGCUUCUCUUGUGAUAUAUGCCGGCAGAUAGGGACCAGCCACUGGCUCUACCGAUGCGACGAGUGUGAAUUUGAUGCCCACUUGAGCUGCGCAACUGCUACGCCUGCAGCUCCAAUCCAAGCCCCACUGCAACAAAAUUUUAUGCCGCAGUUCCAAACAGCAUCACGAGCCACUCCUCAUGGCCAUUUUCCUAGGAACCAAUCAGCAAUAGGUCAGAUCUAUAUGCAGCAGUUACAAACAACACAACCCACUCUCCAUUGCCAGUUUCCAACUGGGCAGAACUAUAUGCAACAGUUCCAAACAACACCACGAGCCAUUCUUCCUGGCCAGUUUCCAGGGACCCAGGUUGGAACUGGGCAGAACUACCCACCAAUGAAUCAAGUAAACAAUCUCAACCCAGGGGUGGUUUAUAGACCUGUUAGGCCUGCAGAGACAAGUGGGCAGGGAAAUUCUUUGUUGAGCCAGGCAAUUGACGGCCUAGUUAAUGGUGCUGCUCAGCAGGUAGGCAUGAACAUGGUGCAGGGAUUACUGGGUGGUGGCAGCUAGCACAGCCCUGGAUGCAGGGGGUGGAGGCACAUGGGAUGGAGGUUCUUCUUCGGUGUCUUAUGACUGCUACAGCGGAACAGAUGGGGGAUCAGGAGACUUCCAAGACACGACCUACUAAAACCAUCUUUGUCAUGUGAUGAAGAAGUUGCGUCUUCCUUCUUUUUUUUCUUUUUGGGUUUCCGAUCUGCGGUUAUAAUCAGUAUCAACUAGAAGGAACAAUAAGAUUAUGUUUAUGAAUUUUCUUUCUCCCAAAUUAUGGCUAAACUUGAGCACAGAUCCUUUGCGAUCCCCCACCAUAGGAAGAAGUUGACGUGGGGAAUUAAAGCCUUGAAAUUAAUUAAUAUCAAUAUUAAUUAUAGCACCUUCCCAACA